AUGACGGAGGAGGCUAUUUUUCCAAGCUGGACACCCUUAUCCAUUGAAAAGGAUGGUUUUGAUACCAAAGGAUAUUUUGGUGAAGUUUUCGUCCUAAACUCUGCUCCCGGACAGAAAGCUCAGGCCGUGAAGAUUUUGCCAAUCAUGUCCAACAAAUCUGAUGCUGAUGAAUUUGCUGUGGAUACGCCCGAAGAUCCUAACGUUGAGGUUGAAAUAAUCAAGAACGUGAAGAAACUCAAAGAAGAGAACGUCGUCGCUGGAGCUCCUCGACGAAUGACGAAAGUUCGAUAUGUCGACCCUCUUUCUCAACACGGAAAAGCCGAAGAACAGCUUUACAAGCGGCUUACCGUCUUGAAGACUUUCAAGAACGAGAACAUUCUGCGAUUCAGAGGCUUUCAAGAUGAUGGCGAAAGUUUCUGGCAGAUCAGCGACUACAAUCCAUCUCGAAGCGUUUUGGAUCAUCAAAGAUGGCUUGGACGAGCAUUGAAGGAGGACGAGACUUGUACCAUCACUUGUGGUGUUCUAAAAGCACUUGCUUAUCUUCGAUAUCGAAGAAUCGUCCAUGGAAACAUCAAAGCGAGCAAUAUAAUGUUCAAUAUUGAAAAUGGCGAGGGCAUUCUCUCUGAUUUUCGUCUACCCGGUUACCAGCGAUUUGAUGAGCUUGCUAAACCCGAAUCAUCCCUUUACUACAUGGCUCCUGAACUUCUCCUCACUCAAGGAAAAGAAGCCUCAGAAAAAUCUGAUUUGUGGGCUCUUGGGGCGACAAUUUGUGAACUCAUGUCUCGAUUCCCUCCUUACAAUGAUAUGACUCGAGAGGAGGUUGAGUCUGAAAUGAGGAAGACUCCCUUCAAGCGACCAAAUCCUCCAUCAGUAGCGCUUGAUCACUGUAAGGACUUCCUUGCAACUUGUUUCAUGGUUCCUGCUUCAAAGCGACCGACCGCUGAAUUGCUGAUGCCCCAUCCAUGGGUUUGCCGAGGUCUUUCUUCUGGUCUAUCUCACUUAGAAUUGACUGGCACAAUGCUUUCUGACUGGCAACAGACGACUCUAAUCGGUGUUUAUGCACCUACUGACACUCCAAUCCCCGGCGCUGACACAUCAAGACCAAUUUACAAGCACUGGGACAACAAGGUCUAUAUUUUCUACUUCGAAUCUACUGCUUCUUGGCAGAUUGCUGAGAUGAAGGAUCUUGGUCGACCAAGAGCUGUUCUUUACGUCCAAGAUGAUGUUCGAUGGCCUCAAUUAAUUGGUGCCACUUGGAAGGGCUGGUCGAAGAAGUUGAACAAGUGGGCGCCAGUUGAGGAUGCUUCACUCGAUGUUUUCUACACAGCUGAAGACUAA